CUGCUACAGCGAUUUAAUGUGACAUGUCAAUCCGUGUUAUUUGUUACAUCCAACGAGCAGAAACGAAGGUUUAUUGCAAUCAACAUCCUCAUUGUCAAAAACAAGGAUGCAUCCUCCUAGCGCUUGCUUUCUAGGUGGACUCCGUAUGUACAAGAUUGUUCUUCUUGGAGAGGGCGGCGUGGGAAAAUCAGCUCUAACCAUGCAGUUUGUAUCUCACUGUUUUGUGGAUUAUCAUGAUCCUACUAUUGAAGAUGCAUACCAACGUCAAGCUGUAAUUGAUGGAGAGUCUGGAUUGUUAGAUAUUUUAGACACUGCUGGACAGCAAGAGUUCACUGCCAUGAGGGAGCAGUAUAUGCGUAGUGGUGAAGGAUUUGUCAUAAUAUAUUCCAUAACAGACAGACAAAGCUUUCUUGAAGCAGCUCAAGCAAAGACGCAAAUUGAGCGAGUUCGAAGAGGAGAUGGAACACCAAUGGUCCUGGUUGCAAACAAAAUGGACUUAGAGAGCAAAAGGGAGGUGACCACUGAAGAGGGCCAAGCAUUAGCCAGGGAGUUUGACUGUCCAUUCUUUGAAACAUCUGCAGCCCUGAGGCACUUUGUGGAUGAUGUUUUCCACACUUUAAUUCGACAGAUACGGAAAAAGGAAAGAUUGGGUAUGAAGCUAGCUCAAAAGAAAAAGAAACGUCAUCAUAGGGCAAGCACAAUUGUUCAGAAUUUUUUCAGACGUCAGAAGAAAAGGGUGUAAGUGUAUCUGGACAUGAGGUUGGGAACAAAAAUGAUAUUGCGCUUCUGUUCAUAGAAAAUGAUAAUUUGUAUCAAGUAAGUCAAAAAUUCCUAAUUGUAAAUAGCAAAUUAGAUUUUUCUGUAUAUUGUGGUCUUUCCAGAGAUAUAGAUUUACAAAUUGUUUGAUGACAAAUUAGUUUUGUAGGUGUAAACAUUGUAGAAAUUCUCAUGGAAUCUACCAGGCUUUCAAGAGCUCUGAGGGUUCAAAACAUUCAUAAAGCAUGUGUAUGAUAUGUUGAAAUCCUAUUCAACCAAUGGUUGGGAAUUUUUAAUACUAAAAAAACUCAAGAGAUUCCAAUUUGACCUCUAAUAGUGAAAAAUCUAAAAAUGCUGAGGUUUGAAGUUAGAAUGUUAUCAUCAUGGAACAAUGCAAGUUCACACCCAGAAAUUUUGUGAAAUAUUAAAAAAGGUCACGUUUUAAACAUUUGUUUAAGAGAAAUCCUCAUCUUUUUUUUUGUUUGUUUUUGGAAUAAACAGAAACUGAUCACAAGUUGUGCAUAAUUAAAUCAGUUGAAAGAAAACAGAAUUUUUUUUCUCCUAAGGGAAACUUACAGUGUGAUAUAUUUUGUUACAUAUGUCACAUACACAAAACUGACCAAUCCUAUUGCAGAAAACAAGCAAUGAGUUCCAUCUAAAUCCUUAGACAUCUUUGCUUAAUUACUUAGAACUUUGCUGCAUUCAUUGGCUGUUUGAAGUAAUAACAUAACUGGUUAAUUUUGUUGAAGUGACGACAGUAACUGUAGUGGCUCUAUACAUAGCUGCUAAGUUUUAUCACUUUUUACUUAUAAAUAUCACUGUUUACAUAUAAUCAUUGCAUGUUAAUUAUAAGAUUAAAUAGUAAGUUGGGUAAAUGUG